ACCCCAUUCGCCGCAUGUGUACCAGUACUACGACCAACACCUCACAUAUCGCAGGACAGGCUUAGCUGGGCUGGCAUAUCUCUCCCCGCCAUCAUACUCCCACAUAGACCCUUCAUUGAAGGGGCAUGCUAGAUCAUGGCUUCAGGCGUACCUCGACCGGGCCCUGCGAACCUGGGGCCCAAUGCCGGCCUUGAUGAGUGGCUAGAGGAGGCCAAACAAUGUCAUUACUUGCCUGAGCGCGCUAUGAAGGAGUUGUGCGAGAAGGUCAAGGAGAUUUUGAUGGAAGAAUCCAACAUUCAGCCAGUCUGCACCCCCGUCACUGUGUGCGGCGACAUUCAUGGCCAGUUUUACGACCUUCUAGAGCUCUUCCGGGUAUCUGGCGGUAUGCCAGGCGAGUCCAACGUGCAGGCGCCGAAGACAUCUACCACCGUCAUUACCUCGGACGACAUCGAGCCGCCAACAGAGAUCACAAACCCCAAGUUGAGGAAGAAGAUAAAGUCUUCGGGCGAGAAUGCAACAUCCAGCGGCGCGGAGGAGACCGAGGCAGUCGAGGCAGAGGAGGAUCCUGAUUCCACAAUGGCGGACCAGACCGAAUCUGGCGUCACAGUGAACAAGUCAAGUCAAAGUGCCGAUACUCGAUACAUUUUCCUGGGAGAUUUCGUGGAUCGAGGUUACUUCAGUCUGGAGACAUUCACAUUACUAAUGUGCCUGAAGGCGAAAUACCCUGACAGAAUAGUGCUUGUUCGUGGUAACCACGAGUCUCGACAAAUUACCCAGGUGUAUGGAUUCUACGAAGAGUGUCAGCAAAAGUACGGCAACGCCUCUGUUUGGAAGGCCUGCUGUCAUGUGUUCGAUUUCCUCGUCCUUGCCGCCAUCAUCGACGGUGAGAUUCUCUGCGUCCACGGUGGUUUGAGUCCUGAGAUUAGGACGAUUGAUCAAAUCCGAGUUGUUGCCCGUGCGCAAGAGAUUCCCCACGAGGGCGCGUUCUGUGACUUGGUGUGGUCAGAUCCAGAAGAUGUCGAAACGUGGGCUAUCAGCCCUCGUGGCGCUGGGUGGCUAUUCGGAGACAAAGUCGCUACUGAAUUCAAUCAUGUCAACGGUUUGAAAUUGAUUGCUCGAGCCCAUCAGCUCGUUAACGAGGGUUACAAGUAUCAUUUCCCAGAGAACUCGGUAGUGACUGUCUGGUCGGCACCUAACUACUGCUACCGCUGUGGUAAUGUUGCUUCUAUCAUGGCUGUGGAUAAGGACUUGAACCCUAGGUUUAGCAUUUUCUCUGCCGUUCCUGACGAUCAGAGGCAUGUCCCGGCAAACAGAAGGGGACCUGGUGAUUACUUCCUGUGAUGAAGAAUGGUGUACGCAUAACGGACUUAAUGGCAUAUGUUGCAUGUAGAAUAGCAUAGGGUCAAAAUACCCAUGGUCCAUCGGUGAUUUUUAGUGGGAAUGCAAAUGGAUGGUUAUGGGUUGGGUAGAGUUGAUAUCUCAAUUACGAGCAAGUAUGAUCA